AUGGACGACUCACCGCCGUGUCCAGUCAUCCCCCCCGAUUGGGUCGUCACUUCGUUGCUUCCUCUUCAGUCAACAAUUCGAUCUUAUCAAACACGUUGCUUCUAUUUGGAAGUUCUUUCGCAGCUUGAAGUAGUCAAAGAAGCAGUCAACACUGAAGAGUCUUUAUUACACAAAAUGGAAGUGAUGCGGUCGUAUUACCAACCCCCCCUCGUUAAAGUGAAUAUUCCAGAAACAACGCUACGUGUUCAGCUCUUAUUUGAAUACCUUGAGAAUUGCAUUUCGUCGUCCAAACAGAUAUUGAAGUAUGGGACACAGUUCAUUCAAGACUACAAAAUCAAUACGCAACCCUCCGAGUUUUUUUCGUUCAUUACAUUUCACUUGUGGUCGUAUGGGGAAUAUACCAUUAAUUAUAACAUCACCAAGACUAUGCUCAACGAGUUAAAUAAGAAUAUUGUGUAUCACCGACUCUUAUCGAUCUUAGACGCUAACCAGAAAAAGGGGUUUUGCUUGGGAGAUUUGAUCAUCGAACCAAUGCAACGGACUCCACGGUAUCCAUUACUCCUUAACACUAUCAUUAAAGCAACUCAAAGGAAUAUUUCGGAGGUCGAAAGCUUCCAAUUGAUUAAAAAGGACUACGACUACUUCACUUCCCUCAUCAACGAGAAGACACAAAUGAGAGACAAUUUAAUGGUGUUGUCAGAAGAGAUAGAUUACCCCCAAAUCAUUAUCCCAAGAAGAUAUUAUAUCGGCGGGGACUCGAUGAUCUACAACAAAAAGAAAUGUGAAGCAUUUCUAUUCAACGACAGAGUAAUAUGGUUCACCGUAUCUAAAGCAUAUAAAGUCGGUAAACAAAAUCAAUACAAUUUCGAAGGAGAAUUCGUGUUCGAUGAUAAGAGCAGAGUGUAUUCUGUUCAGACAACACUCGUCUUCAACAAGUUCGGACUGAUGCCUUUCCAAACAGUCUGCCCUUCAAAGAAGAACGUUUUGAAAUGGGAGGAUACUAUUAACUCACUUCUCAAUGCAAGAGUCUAUGACGUUAAAAAUGAAAACAGCUGGAUGAAUACCGUCGACUGCAAAGUGAAACUCGUCUCGAAACUUAACCCAUUCUACCCAAACCAUAAAAAACCAAAUAAAUGA